GGAGGGGUUGGCGGGCCGGUCCCGAGCGCAGAUUCCCCUUCCCCCAGGCCCUGCUGGAGGCCCUGGUCCCCAGCCGCGAACCUCGGCCCGCAGGGAGAGGGCUGGGAGCCGGGAUGCCCUGGGCUCGCCAAACGGGAGCUGCCCAGCAGCCGAGCUCGCUGCGCUGCUCUGGGUCCUAGCCCGGGGCCCCUCCCCCGUCCCAAGCGGAGUUGGUGCCCCCCCGAGCUCUCUGUGCCGGCUCGCUCAUGGCCUCUGCGGCUGGCGAGGCGCUGCCAGGGCCCUGCCGAGGGGAGGUCGGGCUGCAGUUCUGGGUGGAAUCCUUGCAGCUGGUUCCCGGCUUGCUGGCUCCCGCUGUGCUGCUGGGGGUCGCCUUGGGCGUCGGCGCCGCGCUCCUGCUGUGUUUCUAUGUGAUCGGGCCUCUUCUGCAAAACAAGAAAGAUGAUUCCCAAAGGCUUCUGGAAAGCUUUCACUCGAAUGUACACGGACAUCUUGAUGAAAAUGUACGCUUACCCAGAAAGAAGAAAACACAAACUCGAAUGUCAGAGAAGGAAAUGGUGCUCGAAGGAAAUGAGUCUUCUUUGAACAGUAACAUCACAGCAUUUGCAUUAAAAGCAAAAGUCGUCUAUCCAAUCAAUCAAAAAUUUAGGCCCCUGGCAGAUGGAUCAUCCAAUCCAUCUUUGCAUGAGAAUCCAAAGCAGGCUGUUCUGCCUAAUCAGAUAAUGGAAACUUCUACUUCAAGCAGCCUUGGAUCCUUGAGUCAUGGAGAUAAGGAGGACUGUAGUUCAUCCACAACAAUACAUUCUGCAACUAGUGACGACAGAUUUCAGGACCGAGCCUUCCUGAAGGUGACCUGUUUCCCUGAAGUUCUGACUUGUGAGAGUUUUGAUGUUAAACUGUGCCUGUAUAGUCUUCUUUUGAAAGAAUUGCUGCUGCUUGAUACCGAACUAAGAAGGGAAAAACAGGUGGUAUUUAUUCAGGUUCUCAGAACAUACCUCUCUGAUUUUUACCUUAAAAAGAGGAUUACUGAAGAUUUAUACCAGCAAAUCAUUUUGAUGCAGGAAACUGAUUUGGAAGAGUUACAGAAACAACUUACCUCCAGACUACUGAGUACUGAGAUGUCGGGCGCUCGUAAUUCAGAGUACCAGACCUUGGAAGACUUAGAAAGGAAAGAGAGGGAAUAUUCUGAACAUAUCCUAGAUAAUAUGGAAGCUUUCUGGAACCAGGCAGACAAAGCCGAGCAGUUUCUCCUGAACCAAUCAAAUUGCUCAAGUGCCAAAAGAGGAAAGAUAAUGAUGAAUCUGACUGAGAGAAUGAUUGCAGUAGAAGGGUUAUUAAGCCAGUCUCAGGAUUUGCAAACAAUGGACAUUCAGGAAAGAAUAUUUAAUUGGGAGCGAAUGGUGAAAAUGGUUGAUUUUUUGAAGACAAAGAUACAAGAAGAAAGUAAAUGUAGACUAGAUGCUGUAGCUGGCAUAUUGGACCAGUUAACUAUAAAGAGCAACCUCUCUCUUUCGCAGAAAGAAGAGCUUUUAACAGGCCUGCACAAGGCCUUCUGGGAGCAAGUAGCACAUUACAGUAACGAAUGUGUCCAACAAGGUAAAGACCUAAUCGUGAAACUCCUGGCAUGUCGUGCAAGGAAGAUAAGAGAGCUCAAACAAGCUCAGAAGGAUGAACAAGGGGAUCUCCUCAGUAAAACUCAGAAAAUAGGGGAACUCGAUGAGUUUCUGAAGGCCUGCCAUGAAAUGUUAGAGAAGCAGAGACAGACACUGCAUGAUCUGGAAGAAGAGGAUGACUGCCAAAGCACUGAGGCCGUUGCAGAGCUCCAUCAGGAACUGUGUUCUGGAACCUCCCACACUUUAGAUGAGUUGGUGCAAGAGUUAUUUCUUCAGACUCUUCCUACCAAGACUGGUCUGUCUUUAAGAGAAUGUGAACUUCUAAAAGAAGAAUGUCAGGAGAAUUUGAUCCUUCAGUUAGAGAAAUGGGACAGCUGUAGACAAAAGCAGUGGAAGCUCUUCCAAGAACAACUGCAAGAAGAAAAACAGCUAUGGACCAAGGAGUAUGCUCUGUCUGCUGUGAUGCAAAAACACCUGUAUGAGAAACAUGAGAAGAUUAUCCAAGGUGUUUUAAGCCGAUUAGGCGGCCUCAGUGAGGAGUCUGCUAAAUACAUAUUACGGAAACACAGGCUCUUGUUGUGUACAGUUCUCAGAAGGUUAGCUGUCCGAAAUGUUGCUAUGGCUACUCUGACUCACAUGAAAAUGUCCCAGAAGAAAAGCUUGCUUCAGGAGCUAAGAGAGCAACAUACUCUUCAAAAGAGUUCCUCACACUGUCAAGAUGAACACCAAUGGCAACUACAGAAAGCAAUGGAAUCUCACAUUCUGGAAGAAGAGGAGAAGCUGGAGGAGGAAACUCAACAAACACGUUUGGAAUUUCAUCAGCAGUUAGUUGCAGAAAUUCAAGAAGCUCUUCAGCUUGUACAGCAGCACAUGGAACAAGUGACUGGGCAGGCCUUGCUCCAGCAUGCCCGGCAAGAAGCUGCUAAUCAAAGCUCCGAGGACGGAGAGGACUUCAAGGAGAGACUGAUAGAAGCAGCUGUAGAGAGUGUAUAUGUGACCAGCAAUGGUGUCAAUAGACUGGUGCAAAGCUACUACCAGCAAAUAGAAAAAAUCAUGGACGGGCAUGAAGACAGAAAACUUCAACAACUGAAAUCCCUUCAGGCAGAAAGAACUGAAAGUAACAGACUCAGAAAAAAAGAAGAAAAUGAACAAACAUUGAAAGAAAAAGUGAAUCAAAGCACCCUGAACAUGUCAUCAGCAGUCCAUCAAAGGAUGUUGUUACAACAACAAAAAUUCUUGGCUCAGUUUGAUGUGCAGCAGCAGGUUCGUCUGGACUCCUUAAAACAGAAGAUAUUGGUAUUGCAUCAUCUAGAAACACAGCUUGAAAAUCAGCUAAAGCAAGCAGAACAGGAUUUCAUCACUGAGCUGGCUGCGCUGGCCCGAGUUCCCCUCACAGUGCGCAAGCAGCCUUUAAAUAGGAGCAUUCAAUCAGGAAAAAGCCAAAAAUCAAAAAGGAAGAACUCCCAUUCCUGGGGAAAAGAGGACUCUGGUGACUUCAAUGAAAAAUGACCAGAUGCCCCAGGAACAGACUUCUGUAUCAGUCAGAAGCUAAAAUGGAUGCCUACUGAAAAGCAUGUUUAUAAUAACUGAUAAAAAAAUCUGUUUCUUAAGAAAGUACAUUGAUCUGAUUGAAAAAAUACAGUAUCUACAUUCUUUCCUCUUCUGACCAAUAUUCUUGUUAAAGCAUGAACAUACUCUUCCCAUCAUCCUUUUUAAAUGCAGGAAGAGCUUCUAAAUUUGGCUCCCUAGUCUGUUUUUUUAAAUUUUCACUUUAAUUUUAGAUAGCAAUAAGAAAUUGUACGUUUCUGUCCAAGCUUGGUAUUUCUUACACAUGGGGAUAGAGUCACAGCUGGUGUAAUUCAACCUAGGUCUAUUGAAGUCAGUGGAACUACGAUGAUUUACAACAGACAAAAUCUGGCCACUAGUAUCUAAAUAGCCACUGCCUCUGUUUCCUGGACAAAAGCAGGUGCUGAUUGUUGGCUUCUGGAGGAGCAGAGCUGACAGCUUUUGCUAUCAACAUAAUCACUGUUUGAAACAUCUCCUAGGGUGCUAACUAGACAAGGAGAAAGAGGCUCAAAGCUGAAGUAUGCCAGCUGAUUAUUGGGAGGACAGCUCAAAUUGGUUCACUGGUUGCUGGGGCUUGAUGCAUUGAACAGAUCCUUCUGACAGGCACUACAAAUAUAUCCAGCAGAUAUAUCUUGCUUUUCAAGAACCCUAUAGAGCCUUUAAGAAGAGUAUUUAUCCCCUGAGUGACCUUGGGCUUGGAUUGCUUUUAGAAGAUGGCUCUUGUCCCUGAUAGCAUGAUUACCAUGCUUUCUUGCACCCCGCUUUCCUUCAGCAAACAGAAGACAUUUGUAACAGGGGGAAAGAGCACAGGGCAGAUCAGUGUAUAUUUAUCUUGUAUGUUUUGGCAGGCCUAAGUCAGUUGCAGCCAGAAAGUGAAAGCCUAAUAUUACAAUGAAACAAACUCCCUUCUGUUAUUAAAAUAGAGAAUUUUGGUCUGAAAUUUUAUUUUGUUGGGUUUGUUUUGUUUUCUAAUCAGAAACAAAUUGCAGAGGCAGCAUGAAACUGAAAUUGAUCAAGGGAAGAAUUCAGAGAUGCAGGAGAGGUGCAACAUGUAGUGAAAACAGUUCUCAGAAUUGUCUGUCAGCCUGAAUGUUGAGUCCUAAAGCAUUUUUCUGGACAAACUGAACUACUGCAAAUAUUUACUGAGCAGGAUCUUUGGGGAACAAAUAAGGACCUCAUUAAAAACUAAGAAGCCUUAUUCCACAACUGUGAAGCAGUGUAAACACAACUCCACUACAUGGAGAUACAGCAUGUGGCCAUCUUCCUUAGGCUGAUCAUGAAACAUUCCCAUUUGGUUCUGUACAAAAGAACAGGAAGCCAGCUGUGUCCACCAGCUAGAGCUCUGAGAAAGGUUUCCUUUUUGUGAAAAGUAGCUGGAUUUGCAGAAAGUCCCCAGCUCGCUGAAAUCAAGAAAAAGAAAAGGGGGGACACCGCCUCCAAAAGGAGAGCUUAUUAGAGCGGGGGGGAUGGAGGGGAGGAAGAAUAUUCUGACCCUUUGGCCAGCCAGGAUCCAGGAAUUAGAGUUCCAGAUUGGCAUAAAAACUUCGUAUGGUAAUGGGUCUCUCUUAGAAAUCUGUGCCUUUAGGUUGAAUAAAGAUCUGAGUGUAGCCUCAAGCAAAUUCAAGCCCAUCGUGUUGGGCAGUGGUACAAAGGGGGCCUCUUUCUGGCAGGGUGGGGAUGGGAAACGAAGCCUGUAGAGGAUAGAUGGUAGCUCUGGAAGGUCAAACUACAAAGUAAACAAAAAUCAUUUGUAAGUAUUGACUGAUAAUAAGCAGUAUUAGUUAACAGUAGACAGCCUUAAAAAUGAGGAGUAAACAUAGCAAGGCCCUCAUUGCAAAAGUACUGUCCACUGCAGCUCCCAUUGAAUUCUUCUGAAAAACCAGACAAACAGUUUCAAAAGAGAAUGCAGAAGCAGUGCACAUUCAUGACCCCAGCUGAAGUCAGAUACUCAGCACUUCUGAAAAUCAGAUGGAGACAACAAUUGAAAACCUGACAAGUGUUUGAAUAUGAGAUGCUAGAUGAAAACUUAAAUCUAGGGGAAACCUGUGACAAAGUGACUUGUUCCCAUAGAAACUGAAGCAACUGACAUGUGAAGCCCUGUUACUAGAGAGGGCUCUGUCUGAGCAAGAAUAGUACACAGCAUUCAAAGCAACAGGUAUUUAAGCCCAUGAUUACCGAGGUGAGAUGACUGUUCAUUAGGGCAGCAGAGCCCAACCUCUCUCAUUGUAAGAAACAGAGCGGACACUGAUGACAAACGUUUCCUUUUACAUUUUCCCCACCCCCCAUCCUUUCCUUAUCCUGGGGUACUGUAUUUAUUUAGCAGAACCUAAGGCUCUUAUAAGCCCUUUCCACCUAGCAUCUCAGGUCAGAUGCAUCUUGCUGAGCCAUUAAACAGCAAGAAAAAAAAGAAGCAGUCUAAACCAUCACUAAAUCCCCCCUCCACAGCUCUUUUGGCCAUAGUCCUUGUACAGGCCUUCUGGCAUAUUCUGCUGAUCUCUCUCAGGUCUUUCCUAGCAAAGGCCAACAGGUUAUAUACUUCCUGAUGUGUAAGGCUAAUUAACAAGGGCCAUCUCCCAAGUACUCCUAAAUGUUUAACCCCGGCUGGUCCGGAUACCACCCUGUAGUGUGUAGAGAGGGGUAGUACAUUUUAUUUCCAGGGACCAAAUUAUGGUGUGCUUUCACCAUGGCUGGUUUCUCCCCCUGAACGCCAAAAGAGCCAUCACAGUAGCCUUUUUAAAGGCUAGGCCAGUAUAGAAGUGUUCAGAAUGGAUAACUGUAAUUAUAGUUACAGGGCCAGAGCCUCAGCCAGCGCCAAGUGGUGUGUCACUCCGUCAAAGUCAAUGGAGCUAUGCCACCGUCUGAGGAUCUAGCACAAUACUUAGGUAAAGAGUUGAUGCAAUGGCACAAUGUGGAAGUUAUUACUGUUAGACAAAAGUGUGCUACCAUUAUUGCACGUGGCAUUUCUCCUUAGCUUCAAUGUAAGCUCUUACCUUGAAUGUCUGGGUUUUGAUCAGUGCUUCCCACACAGAGCUGGUAGCAUGCAGCCUGCAACCAGGUGGUAGCUAUGCUCAUUAAAAUUACAAUGGUGGCACACCAAGGGCUUAUUGAGUUUAGAUGUGGUGUGCUAAUGCUUAACAUUGUAGAAUGGCUGUUUUAGAGUAACAGAAUCAAUAAAAGUCUAAAAGAUAUUUAAAUGGACAUGAGGCAUCUACCGUAAAUACAGUAGAGUGGGAUUUGAUCUAUUUUUUAUUUUAUUUUGAAACAGUGUUUUACAUAUUGCUGUUUUUCUAUUUGCACCAAGAUUUUGUAGAAAUGUUAUUCUUCAUGGUUAUCUCAGAUUUGUAUAUUAUUAUUAUGGAGCAGAAGCAAGAUGUGGUAUCUAUUACAUUUUUGCAUUCCCUAGUCUUUAAGUCAGCUUUCAGUUUUCUUCAUGCCUUUUUAUUAUAGUUCAUUAUCUUUCUUCUUUUUUAAAAAAAUUUCAUUCCAAGCAGCUAAUUGUUUUUGGCUGCGUACAGUACCUAGAUAAUGUAUUUAACUGUGUUUAUAUCAUAUGAAAUGUGUAUUUAGUUAAUCAAUUGUAAAGUUUUCCUUAAAAGCACUUUUUUUACCUACUUAAAAUAGAUUCAUACUUUACGAAUCACAA